AUGGCUCAAAUUUCAAGUUCCUCUACAAUUGACAACAAAAACGAAAAGGUUGUGCAAAGGUGGUUCAAGCUUGGACUGGUGACAACCCUGGAAGGCGGUUCUAUAGCUGCCAAUGACUAUGAUGUUGAGAAGCCACACGGAUGGCAACAUAUUGCACUGUUGGGUGCUAGAGAUGUUAUUCGCCAGCAGAAAGAAGAGAUUGGUAACCUGAGAAACCAAGUAAAAGCACUUAGCCUUGAGAAUGAAAGCAUUGGUCAAACUCCAAACGAUUCAAGCCUCAUAUGUGAAGCGCUUAAAGGAGAGGUUGAAGCGCUGAAUAAAGAGGUCUUGGUUCUAAACGAGAGGAGCAUGGUAUAUCGCAAUGUUCUUAUCACAUCGUCAAUUGGAUUCACUGUGGUUAUUGGUGUGGUCAUGGGUAUCAUGAAGUGGUAG